AUGGCGCCUGUUCUUACUUCAUCCAAAUUUACGUAUCUCAACUUGAUGAGUAUACUAAAGAAGACCCAGCCCGAUUAUAUGGCUGAACGAGACCCAUGGUUCAAAUGGCACGGAUCCGUCAUCCCAAAGACACUCCCCUUCGUCGUGGCCUUCACAAUCGAAGCAGCGAUCGUAGCUGUAGUCCAAGAAACAGUUUGGUCAAACCUCGAACUCCCAAGUGCAUUCAUACCUGUCGUGUCGUUUGUAGUCGGUUUGCUACUCGUGUUUCGCACAAACUCGGCGUAUGAUCGGUACUAUGAGGGAAGGAGAUUAUGGUCUACUUUGACAUCGACUGUGAGAAGUGCUGCCAGAACCAUUUGGAUCUUGGCGCCUGAAGAUACGGUGGAGAAUAAAGUGGAGAAGAGGGCUGCUAUGAAGUUGUUGAUUGCGUAUGCUUAUGCUACCAAGAGACACCUACGAGGGGAGCACGGCAGCCACUGGGAAGACAUCCGACCACAUCUGGUCAGCAUCCCACAACUCCUAGUCGAAAGCAAAGAAGACGCACUCAAACUACCAAACGGAACAAUAAUCGAUAUGGCUGGAUCUCGCGCACCGUCAUUCGCACUAGACGUAGGCGUAAACUCAGGUGUGCUGUCUCCCUCACGUCCUCUCACCAUGCACAAUUACUUGGAUGAACAAGAUGCCGAAAAGGCAAAUAUGGUGUCGAGAAUGGCUCGUAGAAUGAGUACUAAACGACGACCAGCACCAACUCCAUCCACUCUUGUCCAUCGUCAUGACUAUUCGUGUGGAUGUGUGAAUCUGCCGUUGGAAAUUGCUAAUAUGUUGACUGCGUUCGUGUUUGAGAAGAGGAAGAAUGAUCAGUUGCACUUCAUGACUCGAGAUGCUCUCUUCAAAAUGAUAUCCUCGUUGGUUGAAACCAAUGCUUCAUUCGAGAGAAUCAUCACCACACCUAUACCGCUCGCUUACAACUUGCAUCUGAAGCAUACACUGCUCGUGUACUGCUUUACACUGCCAUUCCAGCUGUUAUCACUGGGUUGGGCAAUGAUACCUGCAGUGGGAUUGGCCGUUGCCAUUCUUUGGGGUAUUGAACAUAUUGGAGCUGAAAUUGAGAAUCCAUUCAAUUACGAUGCAAACGACUUACCACUUGAAGCUUAUUGUGAUCUUGUACAUGCUGAUGUCGAAUUCAUGUUAGUUCGACCACCACCACAAGCCAAAGACUGGAUGGCAGUCGCAGAUUCAAUAUUGCUACCACACUCUCAUGGCGGGCCAAAUGGCUUUUCUUCUCAGAAUCUCUCUGCAGUGACUAUCAGCAUCGUGCCUGAAGCCGAUCCACAAGAGACUGAUAAUUUUAUCAGAAAAGACCGAUAA